AUGGCUUGGUCCUUUGUACUACCACAGUCAGUGUUUACAUCGCCGCUUCUCGCGGUAGCCACGCCAGUCGCUGGCGGCAUGAUAGUAGCGCUGUUGACGAACCGGAGCAAGAAUCAGCAAACCUACCGCACUCUCCGUCAGCCUCCGUUCAGCCCACCGGGCUGGUUGUUUGCCCCCGCGUGGACACUCUUGUACAGUAUGAUGGGAUAUGCCGCGCAUCACGCAACCUUGACCGCCUCCCAGUCAUUAUCACUGGCAGUUCAUGAGGCCAAUGGCACCGCCCAGACCCUCUAUACGACCCAGUUGGCAUUGAAUUUCCUCUGGAUGCCGCUAUUCUUUGGAGUGGGGCGGCCGGUCGCAGCCCUGGGAGACUUGGGUCUGCUCCUUGGAAACGUGACGCUUUUGUUGGCCAAUUGGUGGUCGGCGGACCGCACGGCCUUCUGGAUGAUGACCCCGUACUACGUCUGGCUGGGAUACGCGACAUAUCUGAAUAUUGGCUGUGGAGUGUUGAAUGGGUGGACCCUACCGGAGAAAAAGCAGGAGUAG